CUCUGCGCGUGCUCAGUCUGGAAUUGGUGGUCCUCGUUUCUGUCCGGAUUGCAGAGGCCGAGGCGACCGUGGCUGAAUUAUAGGAGGCGGAUUGUCAUCCCUCGUGGGGCUCACAGUCGCGGGAGUCUGGGAAGCAGUCAGUAGUCCACGACCAAAAGAAGGUGCACAUUUCGUCAAGAGAUUAGUGCUUUAAAGAAGCAAAGCGCGGGGUGAUGCAAACCUACUGAAGGCUAAGGCAGCCGGCUCGUGGCAUCUUCGAGGAUUGCGCAUUCUACACAGAGUGAGACUGACGAAAAAGACCAUACGCACAAAGUAAUACAAUACGCUUCCAAAGAAAGAAAGAAAGGAAAGGAAAAGAUGUAGAAUCAGCAAAAUCCGAAGUAGCUGGGUUUGGUGGCUCAGGCAACUGAAAAAGUUGGAUGAAGAUAGCUUAACUAAACAGCCGGAAGAAGUGUUUGAUGUCUUAGAGAAACUUGGAGAAGGGUCUUAUGGCAGCGUGUACAAGGCGAUUCAUAAGGAGACUGGCCAGAUUGUUGCUAUCAAGCAAGUGCCGGUGGAGUCAGAUUUGCAGGAGAUAAUCAAAGAAAUCUCCAUAAUGCAGCAGUGUGACAGCCCUCAUGUAGUCAAAUAUUAUGGCAGCUACUUUAAGAACACAGACCUGUGGAUCGUUAUGGAGUACUGUGGGGCUGGCUCUGUGUCGGAUAUCAUUCGGUUACGAAACAAGACGUUAACAGAAGAUGAAAUAGCUACAAUAUUGCAAUCAACUCUUAAAGGACUAGAAUACCUUCAUUUUAUGAGAAAAAUACACCGAGAUAUCAAAGCAGGAAAUAUUUUGCUCAACACAGAAGGCCACGCAAAGCUUGCAGAUUUUGGAGUCGCAGGUCAACUUACAGAUACCAUGGCAAAGAGGAAUACAGUGAUAGGAACACCGUUUUGGAUGGCCCCUGAAGUUAUUCAGGAAAUUGGGUACAACUGCGUGGCAGACAUCUGGUCUCUGGGAAUAACCGCCAUAGAAAUGGCUGAAGGAAAGCCCCCAUAUGCUGAUAUCCAUCCAAUGCGGGCAAUAUUCAUGAUUCCUACAAACCCUCCUCCCACGUUCCGUAAGCCAGAGCUGUGGUCAGACAACUUCAUGGAUUUUGUAAAGCAGUGUCUGGUAAAAAGCCCUGAGCAGAGAGCCACAGCCACUCAGCUCCUACAGCAUCCAUUUGUCAAGAGCGCCAAAGGGGUGUCGAUAUUGCGAGACUUGAUUAAUGAGGCCAUGGAUGUGAAGCUGAAGCGCCAGGAAGCGCAGCAGCGGGAAGUGGACCAGGAUGACGAGGAGAACUCAGAAGAGGAUGAAAUGGACUCUGGCACAAUGGUCCGAGCUGCAGGUGAUGAGAUGGGCACUGUCCGAGUAGCCAGUACAAUGAGUGAUGGAGCCAACACUAUGAUUGAGCACAGUGACACAUUGCCGUCACAGCUGGGAACCAUGGUGAUCAACACGGAGGACGAGGAAGAGGAAGGAACUAUGAAAAGAAGAGAUGAGACCAUGCAACCCGCAAAGCCAUCUUUCCUUGAAUACUUUGAACAAAAAGAAAAGGAAAACCAAAUCAACAGCUUUGGCAAGAGUGUAUCUGGCUCUCUGAAAAAUUCUUCAGAUUGGAAAAUACCACAGGAUGGAGACUAUGAGUUUCUUAAGAGUUGGACUGUGGAGGACCUUCAGAAGAGGCUCUUGGCCCUUGACCCCAUGAUGGAACAGGAAAUGGAAGAGAUCCGGCAGAAGUACCGGUCCAAGAGGCAGCCAAUCCUGGAUGCUAUUGAAGCCAAGAAGAGGAGGCAACAGAACUUCUGACAACACCAGCCCCGGCCUUUGGUGGCUUCUGGGUGACUAGUCUCCCGUCUGUUAGCCAGCACUUCUGCUCUGUCAUUUCUCCACAGCACCUUUGUGAACUCAGGAAUGUGCGCCAGUGGGAAGGGCUACCUUGACAGUUGUGCCAUCUGGUAUAUUUACACGGGCAGGAUGUAUCUUGAAGGGUUUGUAUUGGCGCUUUUAACUCAGAAUUUUAGACCCCAGGAACAGAGACUCCUAGUUGAGUGAUAGCUGGGAAAAUUUUACAUUGCCUCUUUUUGUUUUCCUUCUCAUAAUAGUUUUUGGUUGCUCUCUCUGGAAGACUUUUUAAAAGAAUAUAUAAAUAUGCAUAUAUAUAUAUAUAAAUUAUAAAUAGAUUCCCCACUCUGUGUGGUGGCAUCUCUGUACAGGUACAGUUUCAAACACUUUGCCUCUUUCCUGUGAGAUUAUGGUACUGUGGAGCCAGAGAGCAGAGGACACUAGAAGGCACUUAGGUGGUCAUCGAAUCCCAGGAGUCAACCUCACCCAUUGCAGGGCUGCAUGGAAAAAUUAGUCUUGGGAUAGUUGUGCCACAACAGUGACGGGCCUCAUAUAGUCCUCACUGGUCUCUGAAGCUGUUGGUGAUACCAGGGAAAGGCCUGGAGAACUCGAGAUUGCUCCUUGAGUCCUAGGAGAAGCCUGGCACCUUCUUUGCAAAUUAGCCUUUGCUGUUUCAAUGCCUUUCAUCCAUCCCCACUUUCCCAACCACCUAAAGUCACAUCCCAGAUACUGCCCAGUGCCUUAAGAGGGGACACAAUCUGGUGAAAGGACAGGCCUACCAAGAACUUUCCAGCAAACAAGGCUGUGACCAGUCCAGAGAAAAGAGAAGGGUUUUGAAGGUCCCACUGUUAGUGUGAAAAGUCACAUGUGGCAAUUUGCUUUGCAUUUCUUACAUGCAGGGUAAAGGUCCACAUUAAUUCAUGUGGUUGUUUUACUUCUUCAUUCACUGUGGAGGGUCUGGCAAGGGUCUGAGACUUGCUCAUAAGAGGCUCAGCUGGACCCAGAAUGCCAGAGCUGGAAGGCACCAUAGCAGGCGGUGGGUCUGACCUUGUGUUGUGUGGGUGGGAAAAUGAGAGGAGAGGUGACAUUGCCAAUGUCACAAAUCAAGUUAGAGUAAAAGCAGGGAUUGGAACUCAGGGCUUCUCUCCUGGGCCACUGAACCAAGAGCCUCUUCACCGAGAGGACGAAACUACCUGUGUUGAUCGUGCUAUCCCAGGGCCUUCUGCUUUGCCUUGCUUCUUUGGUACUGGAGCUGCUGUAUAAAGUCUCCCCAGAGGAGCCAUCUGGUCUCAGCACACCAGUGUGUUCCUUGUGUUAUCUCCAGAUACAGACAGGCACUCAUGCCAGGCCUGAAGCAGGAUAGAGGGCUUUGCAAAAGACAGUUACGGAGUUGUGCCCUGCACCUUUGGCUCGAAACCACAGCCCGAAGAAACUGGAAGACAGUUGCCUUUUUAUUUCCUUCUAGUCUCUUCUCUCUGACGGGAACCACAAUUGGGUUGCACCUGAGGAUACUGAAAUCCAACCCCAUAAUUGCUUUUGCUCCCUAACCUGAGAGUCGAUAAAAAGGAAGGGGAUGUUCUCCUCUGUGACCAGAUUCUGUUCUUUGCAGUUAAAGCAAGCUUUAAAAAAUGCAAGAGGCAGCUGGUCUGCAAGACUUGGCCAGCAAAGGAACUACGUAGCAGAGAGAAUUAGAGGAUACUUUGCAGAUCUUGCUGGAAUGGAAAAUGGCAGCUAGCAUUCCCUGGGGAGCAAGUUUCACACACUGUGCCAGGUGCACUGCAGGUUUCAUAGUAAACCUGUGGGCUGAUUAAGUUACUUCUCUUAUGAUGCAAUUGAGUUUGAAAGAUUCCCUUCCCACGAUACUGUGCAUCUGGAUGCAUGGCAUUACUCUGUGAGGCUAGUCACAAAAACAGGAAAGUCCUCCACACCUAAAACAAGGUGGCCGUGGCUUCUCAUGAAGGCUAAGUCUAAGUGGUGUUUUUCUAGGUUAAAAACCAGCUGAAUUAAUGGUUCCCCAGUCAAGUAAGCUUUAAAAAAACCCAGAGCACCAGGCAUGCAUAAUUUGUGUGCUACUUAACAGCCCAGCCUUAGAGCGCUUUCUCUUGAAGAAAAGUGCUUUUGGGCUGAGCCAGACAGAAGGAGAAAGCCUCGACUCUUCUGAGGCAAGAGCCAAGCACAGGCAAAUAGUUCUGUUCUAUUUGUGACUGUUGUGCAGCUGUGAACCUAGAUCUGGAGUUUAUUUGGUUCAAGCAUGUCUGCACCAUGCAGCAUGGUCCAGCAGUCAGCUGCUCCACAGUCCAGCAGGAGACAGCAUUUUGGAUCAACAGAAUUUCCUGGCAAGGUGUAUGUGUUGUCCAGUGACAGGCAGGGGAGCAAGUCAUUCUUUCCUUGAGGACCAAAUCCUAGGAAUCACAUCUUGUGUCCUUUGAGCUUGAGCAUUUGUGACUCAGCUCUCUGCUUCCAAGAAGCCAUGACCCCCCACACCUAACUUUUCUUUUUUAAAAAACAAACAGAACCUCAUAGUCUCUGAAAAUAUUUUAGUUAUGCCCCCAUUCAUAAACUUGAAGCACAUUUCCAUUUUUAAUUUUUCUCAUAUAUUUUUUCUUCAACCCCAAUUAACUGGGUGAGAAUUAGAGUGGCUGGAGUGAGAAGGUUGUUGGGUUAGUGGAUAGAUAGAAGUGGCAAUCUGAAGCCUCAGGCUGUAGUAGCGCCUGGCAGAUGCCAAAAAUGUAUAAUACCAUUUAAAACGAAAUGCCCCCAUCGAAUGCCAGGAAUGAGAGAGAUGACAUCACUACAGACCCUGCAGGUGCUCAGAGACCAAUAGCAGAAUAUUAUGAACAGCUUCAUACUAAUAAAUUCACCAGCUUAAGUGAAAUAGACAGAUACCUGGGAAGUGAUGAAGUAACCAAGCUUCCCUGAAGAAGAAGAAAUGGACAAUCUGAACACCCAGCCCCCUUUCUACCAAAACCUGGUAGCUCUGAGAGAUAUGAGCAUCUCUUCGCUUUAUGGACCAGGAAACUGAGGCUCUGAUAAUGCCUAAUUCCUCAAGGUCAUGCCAGCAGAGUGUAGCAGAGUCCAGUCCUUACUCCACUGUCCCUCCCAGUGUACCGUGUGGCCUCUAAAGAUUGCAGUUCUGUUUUGGAGAAGUUGUUCCUGCCCAAGCCACACCCAUCACCCUCCUCGACCUUCUUUUGAGCACUGUGUUUGUAAUUUCAUUAGGAUUACAUUCAUCAUCUUUGGAAUCCAUGUUCUUUGGGUUUAGGGGGGAAGUCUCUUCCACCAGCCUGCACUCAGACCAACUUGGAGGAAAAAAAAAAACUUAAAUGCUGUUGCUGAUGUACAAUUUAAAAAUGUGAAAUUUUUAGCUUUAACGUUUUGUAACAAAAACUAAUAACACUGGCUUAAAAUGCUGACUUAAAUGCUAUUUUGUAAGGUUUGGCUGUAAAUAGUCAGGGUCAGCCAUUUGUAUAUGUGUGAGAUACAGCAUCUUCCACGGCCAUUUGUCUUUAACGUGAGGUAUUUCCUGUGCGCUUUUAUGUUAGAGUUGUUCUCCCUCACUCCUCCCCAACACCUGUCACCUUUGUUUUCAAUAAACUGUCUUUUAGAACACAGA